ACCUAAAAAGCAAAAUUGGAUAAAUUCAAGUAAUUAAACACGCCUCAUGCCUCUCUAAAUGUAUCUUCUCUUCUCCGGUUUGUGUUAACCUUCCCUCCUACUCUCUAACCCUAACGAGUUCCAUAAUCAUCAAUUCUAUCUUUUUCCACCGCCUUUUCAAUUCGCUUCUCCAUUCGCCGAAGCGAGCCAUCGCCGAAGACAGUACCUGACGGAGCUGCGUCCAUUUCAACAGAAAAGCUCAAAUCAACAAGCCAAAAGCUUACUGUUGGAAUAAGGUGUUGGCAACCAUGUCUUCUGCUAAGGAUGCCGAUCCAUCUCUUGGUUACCUGACCCGAAAAGACACUGAGGUGAAGCUUCCUCGGCCAACGCGGGUCAAAAAUAAAACCCCAGCGCCGAUUCAAAUCACCGCGGAGCAGAUUUUACGUGAGGCACGGGAACGCCAGGAAGCUGAAAUCAGGCCUCCAAAGCAGAAAAUCACAGACUCAACUGAACUUGCUGAUUAUCGCCUGCGUAAGAGAAAGGAAUUUGAAGACCUAAUCAGACGGGUUCGAUGGAAUGUUAGCGUAUGGAUAAAAUACGCUCAGUGGGAGGAAUCCCAAAAAGACUUCAAUAGAGCUCGCUCAGUUUGGGAGCGGGCACUUGAGGUUGAUUACCGGAAUCACACCCUAUGGCUCAAAUAUGCCGAAAUUGAGAUGAAAAACAAGUUCAUAAAUCAUGCAAGGAAUGUUUGGGACCGUGCUGUAACGCUCCUGCCUCGUGUGGAUCAAUUAUGGUACAAGUACAUUCACAUGGAGGAGAUGCUUGGCAAUGUUGCUGGCGCGAGGCAGAUCUUUGAAAGAUGGAUGAGUUGGAUGCCAGACAAUUGGAUGCCAGACCAACAAGGAUGGCUCUCUUAUAUCAAAUUUGAGCUUAGGUAUAAUGAAAUUGAACGCGCAAGAGGGAUUUUUGAACGAUUCGUUCAGUGUCAUCCGAAAGUCAGUGCAUGGAUUAGAUAUGCCAAGUUUGAGAUGAAGAAUGGGGAAGUUGCGAGGUCUAGGAAUGUGUAUGAAAGGGCAGUUGAGAAAUUGGCUGAUGAUGAGGAGGCGGAGCAGUUGUUUGUGGCUUUUGCUGAGUUUGAGGAGCGAUGUAAGGAGACAGAGCGUGCAAGGUGCAUCUAUAAGUUUGCUUUGGAUCAUAUACCAAAAGGUAGGGCAGAGGAUUUGUAUAGGAAAUUUGUAGCAUUUGAGAAGCAAUAUGGGGAUAAAGAGGGAAUCGAAGAUGCAAUAGUGGGGAAGAGGAGAUUUCAGUAUGAAGAUGAAGUGAGGAAGAAUCCAUUGAAUUAUGACUCAUGGUUUGAUUAUAUUAGAUUGGAGGAGAGCGUAGGGAAUAAGGAGAGGAUUAGAGAGGUUUAUGAGCGUGCAAUCGCUAAUGUGCCACCAGCUGAGGAGAAGAGAUAUUGGCAGAGAUACAUAUACUUGUGGAUCAAUUAUGCUCUCUACGAAGAACUGGAUGCAGGAGACAUUGAGAGAACACGGGAUGUUUAUAGGGAGUGCCUGAACCUAAUUCCUCAUAAGAAGUUUUCAUUUGCAAAGAUUUGGCUUCUAGCUGCCCAAUUUGAAAUUCGGCAGUUGAAUCUUGCUGGUGCUCGGCAAAUUUUAGGCAAUGCCAUUGGCAAAGCUCCCAAAGAUAAGAUCUUUAAGAAAUAUAUCGAAAUAGAGCUGCAACUUGGUAAUAUUGAUCGUUGCCGAAAGCUUUAUGAGAAAUAUUUAGAGUGGACACCAGAAAAUUGUUAUGCUUGGAGCAAAUACGCAGAACUGGAGAGAUCUCUGGCUGAAACUGACCGAGCACGAGCAAUUUUUGAACUUGCUAUAGCACAGCCAGCCUUGGACAUGCCAGAGUUGUUGUGGAAGGCAUAUAUUGAUUUUGAGAUCUCCGAAGGUGAAUAUGAAAGAACUAGACAACUUUAUGAGAGACUAUUGGACCGGACAAAGCAUUUGAAGGUCUGGGUUAGUUAUGCUAAAUUUGAAGCAUCUGCCAUGGAUGAGAUUGUUGAUGGUGCAGAUUCUUUGGAAGAACAGAAGAAAAAGUGUAUUCAAAAUGCAAGAAGGGUAUUUGAGAAAGCGAUUAACUACUUCAGAACAUCAGCGCCUGAACUAAAGGAGGAACGCGCAAUGCUUUUGGAAGAAUGGUUGAACAUGGAGAGCAGUUUUGGAGAAUUAGGUGAUGUUAGCUUAGUCCAGCCUAAGCUGCCUAAGAAACUCAAAAAGAGGAGGCCUAUUGCUUCAGAAGAUGGUCUGGCUGGGUUGGAGGAAUAUAUCGAUUACAUAUUCCCAGAAGAAACUCAAGCACCAAACCUGAGGAUCUUGGAAGCUGCAUAUGCCUGGAAGAAGCAAAAGCUUUCUAUCGAUGAUUAGACACGAUAAGCUUAUUUUGUAGCAUGUUUUGCAGCAGCGUACAUACUAUUAAGAGAGAUUCAGCGCUUGUGGUGACAAGAAAACAAUAGCUUUGGCUGCCCAACUAUUCUUUUCAGAGAAAGGGUUCUGACUAUUUUAGCAAUGGUUGUUUGACAGAGGCAGAAGAACGCGGAAGAGUAUUAUUCGGAUGAGACAAUCUGAUUAGUAAUGGAUCAGAAAAUCUGAAAUAUGUGGUUUCUGGGAGAAAAAAAAAAAAAGCCACUGAAGAUUGAGUGUAACUUGUAACCAUGUGUUUUAUAAUUUUAGAAUAACAGAAACAUCAAUUGAGUUCUCAGUUUUGUUUAUUAAUCA